CGGACGCGUGGGUUUUUCUCUCUCUCUCCGCCUGAUCGUUGAUGGAUAUUAUUUUCUCCUACACGGCGCCCACGAACUAACUCACACGGUGACGGUACCACUUCGCUUCCGUUCCGUUCUGUUUUUUUCUUCUUUUUUUCUUUGGAUUAUUCUUCAUCUGGAGAGAAAAAAAAACGUGAAAUGAAAUAGGGAGAGGAAGUACAAGGAGAAGAUAGAGAGAUAGAGAGAACGAAAAGCUGGACAUCAGAGCAGGGUUUGGUGCUCCCGCUACACGGCAAGUCACGGACAUGCUUCAGGGAACUUGUAAUUCCAUAUCGAUAAGGGUGGCUCUGCCUGGCUCUCUAUCAUGACUGAUGGCGAGGGGAGAGUCCGCUUCCUCUACACCCCAACCUCCUCUACCCCCACCCCCUCUACCCCCACCCCCACCUCCUCUACCCCCACCACCACCCUCCCCCGCACUCCUGCCCUCAACGUCCAGCAGGGAGAGGAGGAAAGGCGGUGCCGUGACGGAGAGGUGAGGGUUCUCAUACCGGCUCCAUUUUACCGGGAACACAACCCACACCCAUCACCGUUUUACUCGGAGUACAACCCCCCGAGACGUCACCGCCACGACAUCAGCUUCCCUGAUGAUGACGAGGACGAGGAAGAGGAGGGAGGCCGCAGCACAUGGAGUCCAGGGCCGGAGGAGGAGGAAGAGGAGGAGGAAAGGGAGCAGGGAGGUGCAGGAGUAGCUGCCCGUUGUGUCCCGGGGCCUCCCGUUGUUGUUACCGGCGGUAGUAGUGGUGGUGCUGUGUUCGGUAACGUGAGGAGGGAGCCUGUAACGGACCCGGUAGACCCAGUGGACCUGCUGUCUGAAGAGGAGGAGCAGCAGCCAUAUCCAGCCCUCGCCCCCGUAGUCUUCUUCUGCAUCAAACAGACGACGCGUCCUCGCAGCUGGUGUCUACGCACGGUCUGUAACCCAUAUCCUUUACUGCUGGUCUGUACUGGUCUGUAA